CAAGUAGCUACACCUCGAUAUAACCGACAAGCUAGGAGCUACUUCUCUCUGCCGCCUAGUCAACCCCUCAGGUUCCCCUCCAACCUAGCUUGAGGCUCUUCUAGCACCGUCCUUUUUAAUCUCCCUCCUCAGUCCCAGCUUCACGACCUUCCUCACUGGUUCCUGCCUAUUGUUUGCAAAGCUCCCCCUUCGAACCCCAAUCGCUCCUUGACUCCUGAUUGAUUGUAAAAUCGUUCGUUCUCGAUACCCAUGGCUUCGAACCGUGCUCGACGCAUCGCGAAGGAGAUUGCAGAUAUCUGCGCAGAUCCCCACUCCCACAUCACGGCUGAACCUGUAGGGGAUGAUGAUGAUAUCACGCAUCUUCGAGGUACAUUCCCAGGGCCUCCAGGUACUCCCUAUGAGGGUGGAAUAUACAAGGUCGAUAUCAAAAUCCCUCCCGAAUAUCCGUUUCGACCGCCCGUGAUGAAGUUUGAAACCAAGGUCUGGCAUCCAAAUGUCAGCAGCCAGACGGGUGCUAUUUGUCUGGACACUCUAUCCACUGCGUGGUCUCCCAUCCUGACCAUCAAGGCGGCCCUCCUGUCGCUGCAGUCAUUGCUCAGCACUCCGGAGCCCAAGGACCCACAAGAUGCGGAGGUUGCCAACAUGCUUCUCCGAAAACCGAAGGAAUUUGAGCGUGUUGCUCGAGAGUGGGCGACAGUAUAUGCAGGAGCUCCUCGGCGACCGGCUGGAGAAGGCAGUGGCGGCGCGACGGAUGAAUCUCUUCGACAGCUAGAGAUCAAAGAGAAGGAAGACCGAGAGAAGGAGGACUUGUCUAAGUACGAUGGUUACAAUAAAGAGCUUAUUGAUAGGUUCUGCAGCAUGGGGUUCGACGUCGACCGAGUCGUAGCCGCCUUCAAGUACUAUGGGAUUGACCGAAAUGACGGCCAGGACUAUGAGCUGGAGGAGGCCUAUAUGGGUGAUGUUACUGCACGACUCCUCGGGGAAUCGUGAUUCUCUUGGGCUACAAUUGGUUGGUUUGUUUAUUAUAAGGCAUGCUGAUUGGGUGGACUUGAUGACGAGCAUGGUGCCUGGCGAAUGCGUUGGUUUCUUAGCUUGCCCUGUUGCUGGGCUUUGGGGCGUUAUAUCAUCCAGACUAAUGGGUCACGACCGACUUUUAGUAUAUCACUGAUUUUCGAGCAUGUGAAGCAAUCUUUCUCUUUCCUUUUGGCUCAUUUUGUUUUGAUGCUUUGGUCUCUUUACAUUGAUCUCAUCUCUCGCCGCAGGUCGAACGAAUAUGAAAUUUGUGUUGAAAAUCGAAGGGACUGUACACAGCUUGGUGGAUUCUCGUAGAAGUAAUGAAUAAGGAAGACUUCAGUUAGAGUAGUCCUGAGCCGUCGUGCUGAUUGUGGUGGUGUCCAAGUAAACGAUUAAAUUGAGCUG